AUGGCGGAAAGAUCAUUCUCUCAGCUCCCGAUCUCUUCUUCUCACAUUGGCAGAAGGACAGGAAACACCCGGAGAGGGAUAUUUCCGGUAUCGGAGUAUUGGAUCCAUGCAAUUCCGGUGAUCGUUUUUCUCUGUUUCUUCACCCUCUGGAUUUUCUCCCACUCAGUGAGCGUCAUGAACGAUGGAGAGAUAAUGUCGAUACAUCGUCUUGAGAAAUCCAUGGCCGUGAGAAACGAGUCUCAUGUCAGUUUAGCGAUUCUUGCUUCCUCUGCUGUUUCACCAGCCUCCUCAGCUCUCGUCGCCGUCGUCUCUACCAAUCAGAAUCUCACAACUUUUCACAACGCAACUCAAUCGCAGCAAAAUGCAACCCAGUCGGUGAACAAAGCAAAACAGCCACACGCAGUCUAAUCUCUGAACGGAGAAAAGUUUCUUUCAGUUU